AUGGAGACUUGUUGCGUUGCUCACGUGGGCCACAUUCAGACCAUACCUGAGAUGUCGGUUGACCAGUCUGAGAGAAGUGACGAAGGCCUAAUCGCAGAUGAGAUGUUGAUGUGGCCUUUGCAGCCUGUCAGCUGCGAAGACCAUUUACCUCCAGUUCAUGGCCAGCUUAGCCGGCGGAGCCAAAAGCCUGCAAUGCACGCAGGCAACGCGUGGAACCUGCUACCUUCAGUGGGGACCUGGCUGCUGCCCUUGCCCUGCAAGCUUGCCACGCCGGGGAGAGCAUGUGCCACAGCAAGUCCAUCUGUAUGUUGCAAGCUGCAGGAGCGGCCUGCAGCACUUGCAGCGCCACUGCUGAUGGCAAAGGCAGAAAUGCGGAGAGGUGAGUACACUCCGUGGGCGAAAUGCGAGAUACGUCUCCACCACGAUCGUUUGAUAAUUCUGGAAGAAGGAGAAGAAAGUGCUCCAAAGGUGGCAGUGGAGCAGUGGCUUCAUGAGCCAUUGGUUGUGGAUGAUGUGGAUGGGAGGGCACUCCUCCUUUCCUCGGCCUCCUCGGCCGAGGUGCGAUGCAGGCAUCCAACUGACGCGUCUCACGUCGCUGGUGCAGCACGGUCUGCGGCUGACAGGCUGACAGCGCAAGUUCGAGAUCGCAAGUGGGCUUUCGUGCACCUGAACAUCUAUGACCUUUUCAACUGGCAGAUGGGCAUCUUUAAUCGCGUCGCAUGGCUGGUUGGAGCUGGCGGUGCCUACCAUGCGGGUUUGGAAGUCUACGGUGUAGAGUACGCGUUUGGAGGCACGGAGACUGGAAUUGGCGAAAGCGGGAUCACCGCCUGCACGCCCAGAUCGUGUCACAAGCAUUCAUUCAGCGAGAGCCUUUGCCUUGGCGUGACAACCAUAUCAGCAGAGGAAGUUGACGACCUAAUUGCGGAAUUAGUGCCCGACUGGUCAACGCAGGACUACGAGAUGCUGGGUCCAAAUUGCAUCACCUUCUGCCGGUAUCUGAGCCGACGACUUGGUGUGGCUGAGGUGCCGGACUGGGUGGACUGCAUGGCUAGAAUCAUCAAAGUCGAAAGCCCAGUUGCAGUUAGACGGCUUGCGGGAUAG